AUGUCGUCCACCACAGCUCCCGUUCUCAAGCAGCGUGUCAAGCUCUCUCUCAUCCAGCUUGCUUCUGGAUCAGACAAGAAAGCCAAUCUUGACAGUGCGGCAUCACACGUCGCCCGUGUAGCUUCAUCUGGCGCAAAGAUUGUUGUUUUGCCAGAAUGCUUCAAUUCGCCUUAUGGAACAGACCACUUCCCUCAGUAUGCAGAGACUCUGCUGCCCAGUCCGCCGUCCAAGGAUGAUGCGCCCUCUUAUCACGCUCUCUCUUCAAUGGCUGCUGAUAACAAGGUCUACCUGAUCGGCGGUUCUAUCCCCGAAUACUGUCCUGAUACGAAAAAGUACUACAACACAACUCUCAUCUUUGGGCCGGAUGGUUCCCUGCUGGGAACGCAUCGCAAGGUGCAUCUUUUCGACAUUGAUAUCCCCGGCAAGAUUACAUUCCGCGAGUCCGAUAUUCUCAGCCCCGGCAACAAGGUGACGCUCGUCGACCUUCCCGAGUAUGGAAAGAUUGCCGUUGCCAUUUGCUACGACGUGCGCUUCCCCGAGCUAGCCACCAUCGCAGCUCGAAAGGGUGCUUUCGCACUUAUCUACCCUGGUGCUUUCAACACUACAACUGGUCCUUUGCAUUGGCAACUAUUGGGACGAGCUCGUGCCGCGGAUAACCAGCUUUACGUGGCUCUAUGCAGUCCCGCCCGCGCCGAGACAGGUUAUCCUGCCUAUGGACACAGUCUUGUCGCGGACCCGAUGGCGCAGGUCCAGGUUGAGGCAGACGAAAAGGAAACUACUGUUGACUGGGAGCUUGAUCCUGAAAAGAUCACAGAGGCAAGGAAGGCCAUCCCAUUGAACACGCAGCGAAGAUUUGAUGUAUACCCAGACGUGAGCGAGGGCAAGGUCCAGUUUGAGGAGUCGUGA